GCAGCAGCAUGGAGCAGCAGGUGAGCCUGGCAGGGCUGCCUGCAGCUUGGGACAACACACUCAUGGUCCCCAGGAGUGGCCUCCAGCCUGCAGCUGGCACCUCCUACAGAUACAAACUGCAGUGCCUCUGCAGGACCCAGGUGAGGCAGAUCGCCAGGGAGAGGGACAAGGCAAAGCUCAGUUUGGAGAAGGCAGAGAAACACUGCCUGCAGCUGGGCAGGGAGCUGGAUGAGCAGUACAUCGCUCUUGAGCACACCCAGAGCAAACUCAGGAAUUUUCAGGCAGAAGUAGAGGCAAAAGACCUGCUUUUGCAGCAAGCAGUGAGUCACCAGGCAAAGCUGGAGGCUGCUACACAGCUCCUCCAGGGCAAAGAGGCCAACCUACAAGGGAGACUGAACCAUGUGAUGAAUGAGAACACACAGCUACAAAAUAAAGUCAUGGAGAUGGCUGAGAAACUGUCAGCCUCUGAGGAAAUGGUGUCAGAGCUGCAAAAAGAACUCAACCACAUUGUGAAGGAUAAGCUGGAGCAGGGGGAGCCCCACAGCCCAGAGUUCCUGAAGCAGAGCGAGCGCUUUGCCGAGAUUGUCCUGGAGUAUGAGCAGCAGUGCCAGGUGCUGUACGAGCAGAACAGAGCGCUGCGAAGGGAGCUGCAGAAGCUGCGCCUCCAGCUGCAGGAGAGCAGGGCUGAGGGAGGGCUGCCAGCAGCAGAAAUGUCACUCCCAGUGGAGCAGCUCCAAGAGCAGCUGCAGGACCUGAAGGUGCAGCUGGAAACCAAGAGUGAUGAGGGCAAGGAGGGGCUCUCUCACCCAGAUGUCAAGAGGCCUCAGCUGGGCUGUGAGCCCCCUGAGCACAAGGCUGGUGACAGUGCUGGCCCUGGCACUGCCCAGCUGCAGAGCCAGAGCCUUCUGGAGGCUGAGUGGCUACGAGGAGCAGAGAUUGCUGCCAGGCUGGAGCACCACCAGAGGCAUGCAGCAUGCUGGAUGGAGAUGGAGCUGCUCCAACAGCAGCUCCAGGCCUCGCAGGAAAAGCUUUUGGAAGCCAAAGCUAGCCUGAGCCUGGCCCAGGCCCAGCACGCUCUGCAGUUGCAGCAGGCCAAGGCCCAGAUAAACAACAUGGUGCCAAAGAAGCAGUUUGAGCAGCUGCAAAACACCUUGAGAGAGGAACAGUGCAAGACUCAGCAGCUCCAGGAAAGCCUCCAGCUGCAGGCUGAGCAAACAUGCAGGCAGCUGGUCAGGACCCAGGAGGAGCAUGAGCAGCUGCUGCAGGCAGCUGUGGAGCAGGCAGAGGGGCUGGAACAGAGUCUGAGGAAUGCUGAAGCUGUGCUGGCAGAGAGGGCAGCUCAGCUCAGAGAUGCCCAGGCCCAACUCUCCAGGAACAAACUCUUAAUUGAAGAGCUGCGUGGAGAGAACAGGAGGUUUGCAAUGGCCCUGCAGGCUGCUGAGCUGAAGCAGAAGAGCAUGGAGGAGAAAAACCAGCUGUUGGAGGAACAAGCCUCAGCUCUGAAGCAGCUUAUUGGAAAAAUCACACCAGCAUCUCUGAGUGGGUGAUGGAACAUCUGCAGUGGCAGCCCCUGGUCCUGGCUGGGGCUGGUCGGGUCCAGAAUGGGAGAUAUGCCUGGGUUGGGAAAUCAGCCUUGUCCUCUCUGGUCUUGCCAGGAUUUUCCUGUGCAGAAAAUACCAAAUGGAGACCAUAGAGUCCUUUGAGGAAAUUGGUCUUGUGGAUAGCUGAGUUUUCCAACUGAAAGCAGCAGCCUUGGUGCCUUUCUCAGUAGCAGUGUGCUGUUAUGUCAUGUCUGUCUCAGGACAGCCAGCUCACAGGAUUUCCUUUGGCAGUGUUUCGUGGUGGUGUAGGUGCUCCCUCUCUGCAAAAAGCUGAUGUUGGAGGCACAGUUAGAUCUCAAAAGCCAGGGCAGAAAGGCUUGCAGGACCCUGUGCCUGGCUCACUCCAAGCAGGAAAGAAAGCUGAGUUGUGGCAUUAAAAAAUGUGUAAUGUUACAGCA